GAGAAAUCACUUUGCCUUCGAUGCGGAGGAGACGAUGAGACAGGAGAUCGCCUCGUCUUAUGUGAGAAUUACGACACAUGCGGAGGAGCUUAUCAUUUGGCGUGUCUUGAUACCCCUCUGCGGCAGAUACCUUCUGGAGACUGGUUUUGUCCAACUUGU